AUGGACAAAGAUGGCCGUAUUAGCAAAGAAGAACUCCGUCAAGCUAUCUGCGCCACUAGAGGACGCUUCGUCACGUUCAAGAGCAGGCUCGGGUUACGGUCUACAAAUGCGGAUCGCAAUGGCUUCAUUGAUGAGGAUGAACUCAACAACCUUGUAGAUUUUGCAUAG